AUGAUGCUUUUCGUGCUUCCGCUGUUGGCGGUUGCCACGUCAGCCGACACAAGUGUGCCGUGGCUCAACUGUAACACUCUGGUGCGUUGCUACACUAGUUUACGUGUACAUCGAGACGUUUUUGUUGUAGACAGAAGACUUGCACUUUAAAAUGAUUCGUUUCUCGCGAGCAAUGGAGGUCGGGGACCGACUCACUGUCACCGGAACUGUUUAUAAAAAUGCUAAUAUGUAAGAAGAGUUGAAGUCUAGAAAUGAUGUCUCAAAUUUCAGGUCGUACAUCAACUUGUAUCACGGAUUCGACAACUCUUUCAUGCCCGGACUCGUGUCCAUCCACGUUCGAGCCCAGUACCUCCGAAAAUCGAUAAUCUACAACUCGAUGCUCGGAAACUCGGCGUCGGGCGCCAUUUGGGGACGUGAAGAGUUCGGAAGCCUUCCCUAUACACCGGCCACCGCGUACACCAUCUCGAUUGUGAAACAACAACGCGCCUACGAGGUCUAUCAGGGUUCCACGCUUCUUCACACCUACAACAUCCGCCAUCCGUUGAACUGGCAAAUCGGAAAUAUGGUCGGAUACGGAGACUGGUCCAUCGACUCGGUCAGCAUGUAAGAUCCCGGCCACUUUGCACCGACCACUCAUCAAGAUUACAGGCUGUGCGUGCGAGCCGCCGAAGCGACGACGACGACGGCCGAUCCGAGUGUGUCCACGACGGUUUCGUCGGUGACCGUCCAAAGCAGCACGGUUGCGAACCCGAUCGCCGCGGAUCCGGGAAGUUUUAGCGGAUCGGAUAUUGUGAAGAGCAACUCUAGCUCCAGCUCCAGCUCCAGCUCCGCUUCCAACUCUGCAGUUUCCAGUGAUACUGUGGAUAGUGGAAGUGUGUCCGGAGGCAGUGUUGGUGUUAGUACCGGAAAUUCUGCAAGCUCGGCAUCCGGAACAUCCGGAUCUUCCGCCAGCAAUGGAAAUGGAAACGUGAACGGACCUCCGAAUGGCUCGUACCCCUACCCGUACCCGUAUCCCUAUCCGUACCCGCCCGGAUACCUUUAUCCGCCCGCCUACUAUCCGCAGAACGCCCAACCGAACAUCAUUGUGAUCAAUCAGAAGGAGAAGCAGAGACCGCGAGAACGCAAGAACAACUUUGUGAUCGUGGGAAGUACGGAGGAGGAUGAGGAUGAGGACGAGUGCGAAGUUUGA